CUGUUGCUGCUGGCUGUUGCUGCGCACAGGCCUUCUUGGCCUGCCGCUGUUCCUUUGCCUCGGACAUUCCCGCUCCUCCCCGUCGCCAACUCCAUCCGCCAUGAGCACCGGAAGCUUCAAUGCAAACAAAACCAAGGUGCUCCUCAAGCUGUCACUCAAUCGCUUGAAGCUCCUCCAACAAAAGAAGGCCCAGAUGGCCCAGCAGGCCCGGCGCGAAAUCGCAGUCCUUUUAGAAAAGGGCAAGAUUGAGUCGGCCCGAGUCCGGGUGGAAUACAUUAUUCGCGAAGACUAUAAUGUCGAGGCCAUGGAGAUUCUCGAGCUGUAUUGCGAUUUAGUUUUGGCUCGCUUCGGCCUCGUCGAGCAGAUGAGACACUGCGAUCCCGGCAUUGCUGAGGCAGUCAACACCAUCAUCUAUGCCGCACCGAGAAUGGAGGUCAAGGAGCUCUCCCAGGUCCGGGAUCAGUUCAUGCUCAAAUACGGACGCGACUUUGCGUCUGCAGCCAUCGAGAACAUUGGCGAUAUCGUCAAUCCCAGGGUUGUGAACAAGCUUAGGGUAUGCACACCGGAGAAAUUGCUGGUCAAUCAAUAUCUCAAUGCCAUCGCCGCGGCCUACAAAGUCGACUUUGUGUGUCCCGAGGAGGACCUCGAACCCAUCCCGGAUCUUCCAACUGGACCUGACGCUGGACUUGUGCAAUAUGCGUCCACACCGAUGUCACAACCGUUUGAGCUCUACCAUCCGCCGAGUGCAGCGACAACUGUGGCUGCAACGCCUGGAGUCCCAAGGCUCAACUUUCCCUCCCCCGAGGACGCCCUUGCCAGUGCACCGAUUUCACCGUACGCCCCUGGAUAUGCACCACCCACCGUCUCUCUCCUCCCAAGCCAGCUGAACUUUCCGGGGCCAUCGGAUGUCCGAUCAGUUCGAUCUGCUGUUAUUCCUGGGCCUGAUUCGUUGCCGCAAACGGGUCCAACCUUUUCGAUCCAUUCGGCGCCAUUGCCUGGAAGAGAUGCCUUCCCUGGACCAUCAGUGUCUCCUGAUCCACUUGACUCCGUUCAGGAUGACUUGGAGAAGCGACUUGCAGCCCUCAAAAAGUAGACGAUUGAUUUCCACCUCUGAACCACUCGGCCUGAUUCACUCGUUUGCUGCUGGAUGUGGAGCUGUCGAGUCGGUCGCUCCCAACGUGUGUCAUUACGUGCAUACAUACGUGCUGCCGAUGCUGCGAUCUCGCCCAGUGCACCACGCAGGCUGAUGAAUGCCAAAUAGAUCAUUCGGCGGAAACAAUUCAUUUCCGUCGAGGCAGCGACGA